GAGGCAGAUCUGCCUGGCAGGCAGGAGGGUCUCGACCUGCAGUACUCGGCAUUACCUGCCAGCGCGUGAGGCACGCCGGCAGCUGGCAGUGUGUCUCCCAGUGUCUCCGAAGUCGCGGACACCGAUGGGUCGCGGAGUAGCUCGCACGAGUAGGAGCGCGUGGUGAGGCGGUACCAAGAAGACUCGGUACCCAGGAGUCUCACUCUCUCUCUCUCUCCGGGAAACCCGGAGCACGACACGGGCGAGCGAGAGAUUCGUCAAGUGUGCGCGUAACAUCGCCGCGUAACGUCGCGCGCCGUGUCGGUGAACACGCGUGUCAAUUCGCGGCCAUCAGCCCGUACUCCGGGAGACGACGAUACAUCCCGCGACGACGGCGACGACGACGACGACGACGAGGACGAGGACGCCGGUGCGGGAGGUGGCGCCCCCGGCGCGAGCGGUCCCAGGAGAGCGACACGUCGCGAUACGAUCGAUCCGUCAAAAGCCGUGCAGUAGCGGCACGCAACCCAAGCGGCGGCGUACACGCGAGACCGCCCGCCCGCUGGCGAUGGAGGAAAUGUGUUGCUCGUGACGUCACGGAAUUCCUCCUCGGUGCUGCUGCUGCUGCUGCUGCUGCUGGAGUAAACGGCCGCGAGCCCUUGUCAUCGUGCCUUCUUCCUCUCGCGUAGUCGAUACUCUCGCGGAUACUUGCGUUCUAUCGAGGAGAAAUCCUCGGAGGAGAGCGAGAGAGAGAGAGAGAGAAGCGCGCGCAUUCGGUAUAUAACGACGGUAACGCGUCGGAAACGGAGCAAGAGGAACGAAGUGAGAGAGGAAAGUAAGAAGAUAGAUAGAGCGAAAAGGAGAGCCGCGGAGGAGCGGUGGAGAACGUGGGCGUUGAGUGAUUGUUGUCGGUGCUAGUUUCCAUCGGCAGUCAUGAGAGAUACGAACGAUAUGAUGGAGGACGCCCUGUCGGAGGACACGAUGAUGGAUUGUGGAGGAGAUAGUGGAGAAGAUAGCGGAGGAUUAGAAGACUUCGUCAACUUAUCCACUAAUAUCACGGAUAAUUCACGUACAAUACAAGAUGCCGCCGAACGGUUACUGACCUUGUUAGGCAUGGAUGAGGACGAUGAGGACCUUCUGUCGUCGGAGGAGGAUGAGGGUGUUGAAGUAGACAUCGACGAGCUCGAGGAAGACGACGAGGAAACGGAUAAUACCAAAUUAUUGCAUCAACUCGCAGCCUCUUUAGCCCAGGAACUCAAAUAUUCCCAGAAACAGUCCUCGAGUAGCAGAGCGGCGUAUCAAGAUCAAAGUACGAUGCACAGCGUGGAGAUGUUGCAGGAUACGAGUUACCUUGGCCGCGGUUGCCUUCAGGACCAAGUGGAUCAUCCGAAAACGUCUGUCCGUCAAAACAAUUUCGGUCACGGUGAUCUUGAUUUUUUUGACGAUCUCGACGAGCAAAACGCGAAUUUCACAAAGUUUACAAAUUUUGAGAACUUCCGUCAGGAACCACGCGGUCGAACCCUUGAUUCUUCGAGUUUAGAUCAUCGCCUGUGGACGGAUGAUUCAGCAGCUACGCAGGCUGCUGGAAAGUCCUUCAGCAAUCAGCAGGAGCAGAAUCCCGAUUCCUGGACGGCAGGAUGGAACGCUUGCGCCACCGAGGCACUCCGAUAUCUCGUCGAAGACGAGGGUCUACCGCUUCAUCAUCCUACAGUUAUUGCCAUGAAAAAUCACCUAGAUCUGCAGAAGGAGAGGGCGUUUAUUCAAUACACCGGGUAUACGGACAACAAGUCGCAAGACAUGAGUUUGCUUCUGGAUUGAUGAGGCUCUAGAAUUAAGGUAGAGAGCGAUUAAAUUUAUUUCUUGCGACGUAUCUCGUUGAAGAACUUUCGAGAGAGAAAUCUGAGAUAAAUUAAUCUUGUUAUUUAAAUAAAGCGAGCGUAAGAACAUGGCAUGUUGUGAAAUCGUUUGCGCAAGACUCUUCGCUUAUUUACAUUUUUCUUCUUUUGAAGAAAAAUUAUACUUUUCUUGAGUCAUAAAGAUUCAUUUUGUACCAUAAAUAAUUCGAUUAUUAUCUGCUUUUCUUGAUUUUGCUACUUUCUUACAUUGCUGAGAGAUAAUUAAUUGGACAUAUUCAUUAUAUUUUUUUUGUUUUGUUGAAACAUUGCGUUGAUUAUUAGACAUACAUUCUGACUGGAGCGUCAAUUUGACUCUUGCUCGCAGACGUUGCGAAUUGGUUUUUCGGGAUCUUUCGACGAUUAUAUUAUUAUAAUCGAUAUUAUUGAAUAGAGCGUUCAUACGCUGGAUCGAUAUGAACGUUAUUUCUUUUUCGUAACGAGAUGUUCAACGCUUUGAAAUUCGUCAACGUGAACGUCUUAAUCAAGAAUCAUAAAUCAUUAAAAGAACCUACUUCCAGCAGUUUUAGAAUCAUCAAACUGUAGAGAAACGUCCGGCGAAUCACAACUAGAAUUAUUCUUAAAACAAAUUCCUAGGUUAGCCUGUCGUAACUAAAAAGAUGACCGAAAGAAUUAAAUUACGAUAAGCGGGAUAAUAGAAAAAAGGAAAAGACGUUAAGUACUUGGUAUGUAUAAGAAAGAAGUGCGAUAAGUACAUAGUGAUCGCCGACAGAAUAUUGCAGAAUUUUUUCGAUUAUUAUCAGACGAAACUUUUUAAUACGUUCAAAAUUACGUUUAUGAAAGUAAUAAAAAGAAAAUGACAACAAUUAUUUAUUAUAUACAUUAAAUCAAGAAAUAAUUUUUUUCUUGAGUGACUUAAAAGUAUCGAUUUUUAGAAUUGUUGCGACUUUGGAAUUUUGUCGGCGAUUAUACGCGAAACGAUUUUUAAUCGGACCGUAUACGAAGAAAUUGGCUACAAUGUCGACAAUAGGAAAGGAAAACGUGUUUUAGCCCCGAAAAUAUUGUAUAUAAUUCGGAUUAUAGGCGAGAGACGACGAGAGCUCAGAGAUUUAGAUAGGAAUUUAUUCGGUCGUCAGCGAAUCUUUAAUUUGUAAAAGAAAUUACAGUAUCGAAAUAACGAGGUUUUACGAGGAGUCCAAUUCAGAUGACCUGAAAUGUGUGUCUUCUUAUAAUACUAGUAACAAAAUUAGUAGUUUCGUUUAAAUCAAUGUUUGCGUUUAAACAAUAAUAAGUGCAAAAUUAUGCACGUCGGCCGCUCGAACACGUCUCAGCCAUUGUAAAAAAGCUCACCGUAAAACCUCAGAAAUUUCCACAUCUUAUACUCAUUACUUAGAUAGCGCGAUCAUCAUUCCUCGUGUAUACGAGAAAUUGAUCGGGAUCGUGCAUCGAUUGCAGCGUCAACGUUGAAUUGAUCCUGCAUUAAUGAAA